ACUUCCUCGUCACCAUCUCACGUCUUGACUGCACAGAAGCUACGCAACAUCAACUAAAACCUCACCUGAGCCGAUAUGGAUGUGAUCUAAGAUUUUUCUUUAUAUUCUGCUUUCUAUAUGAUCAACUGGAGAGUCCAAAUCAAACCAAACCACUUGUUGCGUGCAGACCUGAUGCGCCAUUGGAGUCCUUGAAGAAGCAGGACGCGCUUCAACAGGUGCACUGCAUCCUUUGCACAAAAAAAAACCCUAAAGAUAAGACACAACUUUAAAUGACAAUCUGCUGAUUAUUCGGCCCAGACCGAGCGCACACAACCAGGAUGCCGGUUCUGACAAGCCCGGAGAUUGCUAAUAAGUUCAAGGAGAAGUGGCUGACGGCGUACCCGGACGAUCAGGUCAUCUCAUCUGACUCUGCCCCUCUCGACGACAGCCUCACAAGCCUCCACUGGCUUCAGAAUUUCUCCAUCGUGAGCGCGCAGCCCGAGCCACCCAACGGGGCCGCAGCGCAGGGCUACCUCUCCUCAUCCUCCCAUCAGCACCUCUGUCUCAAACGCUUCCCCACCAGAGGUGGUACGGAGUCCCCCUCCAGUCCCCCAGCAGGAGACACCGCCUCCACCGGGAUGCCUCUUUACCUCGGCAGCCCGGUCACCUCCGGGAGCGACUCCACUUUGACGCCACGCUUCUCCAAUUAUGCGCAUCUCGGAAGCAGCUACCCUCCUAUUCCGAUCCAAGCCAGUCCCCCUGUGGAGGUCGACUACAAGACCAACCCGAAAGUGAAACCACCGUAUUCCUACGCCUCUCUCAUCUGCAUGGCCAUGCAGGCCAGCAAGCAGCCCAAAGUGACUUUAUCCACCAUUUACAACUGGAUCACCGACAAUUUCUGCUACUACAGACAUGCGGAGCCCAGCUGGCAGAACUCAAUUCGCCACAACCUGUCACUCAACAAGUGUUUCAAGAAGGUCCCCAGACAAAAAGAUGAGCCGGGCAAAGGAGGCUUCUGGCAGAUUGAUCCCCAGUAUGCUGACAUGUUUGUCAAUGGCAUCUUUAAACGGAGGAGAAUGUCGGCAAACAGCUACAACAGCAACAGCGGCGCUCAAAGACAGAACAAAUUGGUUCCAAGUUACCACAGCACCCACAAUGGCUGCCCGUACCAGCGUGGCAAGGAUGUAGGCGGGAAAAGGAAGCAGCUGGGCACAAAGAACAACAGCAAGACAACAAGGGUGACCGAGUCCCCUCUUCUGGCAACGGACGCCAAUAAAGCAGACAUCCUGAGAGGAGAUUUUGACCUGACAUCCAUUUUUGAUGACGUCCUGAGUGGGAAUUGUAGCACCUUCGAGGAUUUGGACAUCAACACGGCACUGAGCUCACUAGGCUGCGAGAUGGAGGUUACCAUGCAAGGGAGGCAGCACUCAGCCGGGCUGGGGAGCUGGUGCGGAGGAGGGGAACUCACGGGACAGAGUCAGCACCUGAACCAUCCCCAGUCCUCCUACGGCUACCUGGACGUGAGUGCCACCUCAGCCGUCAAUGUGGUGGACCUGCACGUGCAGGCGCAGCACCCUCGACAGCUGGAAGGACAAGAUCAGCUCCUGCAGGGUGAAAAUCACCUGCAUAAUUUCGAAGAGGCUUCCUCGCUGUUCCAGGAGCAGCCAGAGGAGGUGGUGCUGCAGCCCUGGGAAGAGAUCAAGGAGGCAGUGCAGUCCAUUCCGCUGACUCUGGAUCAGAGCUUUGGCCUCUGUGAGAGCUUCUUUAUGGAGAUGCAGCCAUGGGAACGGGUCGAGGCCUAUCUGUGAUCUUUGACACCGAACCUCUUGACUCCUAAUUGCAUCUGCAUCCAAUGAAAGUCUGAUUUCCAGCCCACCUUGAAGGGAUCACCCGCCAACACCCCCUUUUCUCAUUUGUCUUUUGAUUCAAAUACCCGAAUGCCAGACGUGAUGACUUUACUCAGCAAUUACACAUGCCCUAAAUAUAGACUAUAAAAACACGUUUAACACUUUCUCCUGGUCUUUCCGAGGGUGUUCUUGAGGACACGGACAUCUAACUUGUUUAAAAAUACUGAAAAAUCAGGCUGAAAAGUCUGGAUGUUUUCUGAGGCCUUCAGGUGCCCCAACCUGGAAUGGAAUGAACUGCAGUUUUUUUUUUUUUUGUGGACUAUGUGACCAACCUGGCAGAUAAACCGAAACACCCUGGACUCUAAAAGCAUUCUCUACGACCGAGCACUGUCAUGGUGGACCUUAAAGUGAGAAGAGACACUGGAUUCUAUUUUGCUACAUUAGCAUUCAAGUUUUUUUUGUUCUUUUUUACUAACAGUGCAGUCAAACAUCUUAAAUGUCAUCUCAAAUGUCUAUGCUGUGUGUGAUGAUGAAAGAUGCAAAUAACUUCAAAUAACAUUUAUAGUCCUAAAUUAGCAAUCGAGUCAUUGACGGCUUUGCUAUGACAUAACCUAUUUACUACAGUAUGUAACGUAAAGCAGGAACAGAUGCCAUUCUUCAAUAACCGGAGGCGCAGACUUGAAAUGGAUCGCAAACAUUAUGCACUUUGAUAGACUUGACAGAUAAUAUUCCUUUUUUUAAAAAAAUUUUCACGGUAUUUAGGUUUAUUGAUCAUAACGCAGUUCUAAUUUCUUUUCUCUUGUAAUAAUUUAUCUGGCUAAAAAAAAUGUUUUCUUUGGUUGGAUAUCUUUUUGUGGAUUUAUACUUACAUAUGGGAAUUUCUGUGAUUAUAUUUUGCCAAAUUCUAUAAAUAUGCAGGUCAUUGGUCUUUCUAUGUUGAUUAAUUGCAUUUACGACUUGACGAAAUCUUAAAUUACACCAUUUUUAAAAUAUGUAUGAGCUGGAAAGGGGCACAUCCUCAACUCAGAAAGGCCACAUUAAACUAAUGUAUCAUACGGAUUGAUUCUAUUACUCUUUAAUCUUGCAUUGUUAUUUCCUUUGUACU